UCGUUAAUGCAAAAUCCCGAUAGUGCCUCUUUUUGACUUUUGGUAUAAAAGAACAUGUUCUGUAUAAUUUCAGUGCACCUCAUCAUGGAUCUAUUACUCAUAAGUUUACUUUUGCAAUUUUGUUUGGCAAGUGCAGGCUAUUUCUAUCCUCAACGAGCUCAGCAGUCACCAUCCUACAUUCCACAACAGAAAAGCCACGUGUCGUCAUGGGCACACAGUAAUGCACAUGCGUCAUCAAGGUCGUUUGUACAUAAUAAUGUACAUGCUGCAGUAGCAUCUGGACAUGGUGCUGGACACGGUGGUGGGUUUGCAUCAGGAUUGUCUACACACAAUGCUGGUCAUACGUCAAAGUUAACAGGUUCACGUCGUUGUACUAAGAAAGCAGACUUCGUUUUUCUAUAUGAUAAUUCAGCCAGUAUAGUGAUAAACCAUCCCUCUAACUUUGAACGAAUGAAAGAAUUUAUGAAAGAUAUCGUGAUGUCCUUCUCGAACAUUGGAUCAUCAGGAGCACAGUUCUCAGCGGUAGGGUUUUCCGGGCAUGUCAUAAACAGUUUUUACUUGAAAGAUCAUGGAACUAAAGCUGGUGUUAUAACUGCAAUAAACUCUUUGCAGUCAGCCCAUGGAAAAUACACCGGUAUAGGACUAGGAUUACAGUAUGUAUACCAACACAGUUUUAGUCCACUAAACGGUGGUGGAAGACAGGGAAUCAGAGAAAUAGUUGUCGUAUUGACAGACGGUGAAAAUAAUGUACCGCCUCCACCAAUCUCACAAGCACAACUUCUUAAAAAUAAUGGAGUCAUAAUCGUAGCAGUAGGUAUUGGGUCAAAAACUGAUGUGAACCAACUAAAUCGUAUAGCAUCAAGACCUGAUCUUGUGUUCCAUGUCGACUCGUUUAACGCUUUGCCAGCCAUUAGUUCUGGAAUUGUUCAGGUCACGUGUCAAGAAUGCAGCAGAAGAACAGUCAUUCCUACUUGUGAAAGGCAAGAAGACAUCGUGUUUAUGUUCGAUGAUUCAUACAGUAUUUUCCGAAACAAUCCACAAAAUUUUAACAUAAUGAAAGAUUUCAUGAAGGACAUAGUUGGCUCUUUCACACAAAUUGGACGUCAAGGAACUCAAUUUUCUUCUGUGUGUUUUGCAAGUAAAGUAACCAAUCACUUUUACCUCAAAGAUUACUCAUCUCGAGCUAGUGUAAUGAGUGCUAUAGAUCAGAUCGUACCUUCAAACGGAGCCGCAACAGCAAUUGGCUUAGGUUUACAGUUUGUUCGCAUGAACAGUUUUCUGUUGAUAAAUGGCGGACAGAGACGUGGUGUCAGAGAAUUAGUUAUCGUUCUAACUGAUGGUAGAAAUAAUCGUGAACCAGAUCCGGUGGAACAAGCCAAUAUAUUAAAAGCUCAAGGUGUAACCAUAAUGGUCAUAGGCGUCGGCACCGCAGUUAACGUGACACAGCUUGUUGAAAUAGCGUCAGCGCCAAGUUUAGUCUUCCAUGUUGCAUCAGUAACAUCACUGUUUACAAUACGAGAGGCUAUUGUAGCCACCGCAUGUGAAGAACAAAUGAUAGACACAACGAUUCAUAUAAUUGACAUAUCUGGUGCUGUGGGUCAACCUGGCGAGAGAGGAGCUAGAGGUGACACAGGGUCAAGAGGACAACCGGGCAUGCAAGGUCCAAUGGGUCCAAGAGGUCCAAGAGGUCCAGGCGGAAUGAAUGGUGGACCGGGUACAAAAGGUGAACCUGGGGAUAAAGGAGAAAUGGGAGAUAAGGGACCUAUAGGAGAUCAAGGAAUGAUGGGUCAAACAGGAAUGAGAGGUAGCAGAGGGCCAUCUGGCACUCAGGGCACGAAAGGAGAACCAGGCGAACAAGGAAUGAAAGGAGAACCAGGGGAUCGGGGUAUGAAAGGAGAAAUGGGUGACAAAGGUUCACCGGGAGAUCCGGGAAUGCCAGGACCUAACGGAAUGGAUGGAACGCCAGGCGAACCUGGAAAAAAGGGAGGAAGAGGACCUAAAGGAUAUCGGGGCAUGAAUGGAGAGCCAGGUGGUAAAGGAGAGAAAGGAGGCAUGGGAGACAUGGGAAUACCUGGAGCUAAUGGUAAAGACGGAAACAAUGGUAUACCUGGAAAUCCAGGUGAACCAGGAGAAAAAGGAGUUCCCGGUGACCAGGGUAUGCCGGGACAGAAAGGAAGGAGAGGGAAUAAGGGACCACCAGGAGAUAAAGGAGCUGAUGGUGGUCCAGGACUUCAGGGUCCUACUGGAAUGAUUGGACCAGCAGGUAAUCCAGGACCUAAUGGAAUACCAGGAACUGACGGCAAGAAAGGUCCGCGAGGCGACAUGGGCGCAAAAGGACAAGCGGGAAAUAAAGGUAUGCCUGGUGAUGAAGGUAUACAAGGUAAAAGAGGAUCAAGAGGUCCUAGUGGUGAAGCUGGAACUCCAGGAAAUCCCGGCGUUGAUGGAAUGCCCGGUGCCAAAGGUGAAAUGGGUGAUAAAGGUCCAAUGGGUGAAAUGGGAUCAAAAGGUCCAAGAGGAAACAACGGCGAAAAAGGUGAGUCUGGUAAUCCAGGCAUGCCCGGUAGCGACGGACUUGAUGGAAAACCAGGAAACCCAGGUGUUCCGGGUGAACCAGGGAGCAAAGGUGAAGAUGGUGCGAAGGGUCCUGAUGGAAUUCCUGGAAUGAAUGGUAUCCCUGGUAAGAAAGGUAAAAGAGGAGAUCCUGGAAGUAGAGGCGAGCCUGGCUUUCCUGGUCCAAAUGGUUUACCAGGCCAACCAGGUGAAAUGGGAGCACCGGGUAUUCCAGGGGAGGAUGGCAAAGAUGGUAUACCUGGACGCAACGGUAAACCCGGUCCUAAAGGUCCCGUAGGAGACAAAGGACCACAGGGUCCAUGGGGACCAAAAGGUCCAAGGGGAGAUCAAGGAGACAAAGGUGAGGCAGGAGACAAUGGACGGAACGGAAAAGACGGAAAGGAUGGUCGUGAUGGUAAACCAGGAAAAAAAGGUCCAUGUGGCGAUAAGGGCGAAGAUGGCAGGAGCGGUACUAUUCACAUAGUAUUUGACAACCUCAAGAACGUUGGUUAUGACCUUGACAGAAGUUCGCAUGGAGGCCAUGUUGCUUCUUCGACUCUCAGUUCAUUCAGUAACUCGGGAUUGAACUCCGCUAUUCUCGGUGCUUUAAAAACUGCCGGGGUAUCUAAUUCUCAUUUCCAUAUUGGAGGUAGCUCUGUUUCCGGAGUUCGAAGCACAUCGGCACAUCAUGUUAGCACAUCAGCACAUCAUCUUAGCACAUCGGCACGUCACGUUAGCACAUCAGCACAUCAUGCCACUGGUAUUUCACAUUCAAGCCAUAGUCUGUCUCAUAUAUUAACUCAUCAUGCAGUUCAUCAUUCAGUUCAUCAUUCAGUCCAUCAUUCAAGUACGGUAUCUCAUUCCGGAAGAAGUUUUAUUGGUGUAGGAGGAGGAGGGUCACAUGUCAGUUCGAGCAGUCUUGGUGGUAGAUCUAGUGCAGUUUCUGGUAGUGGAUCAGCAUUUCACGGAGGAAGUAAAUCGAGAGCAUGGUCGCAUGGAAGUUCAGGCAGUGGUGUAGUAUAUCCGCGAACAAAGUAUGGAGGACCAUCAAAGGCACGUUCAACUUAUGGUGUAGCGUAUUCGGGAAGAAAAAAUAGUGGCUCGUCAAAGAGUGGUUCAACCUAUGGUUCAGGAUAUAAUUAUAGGGGGCGCUGAUUAAAUUAAAAUUUGAUUGUAGAAAUCCGUUUUAUUAAAUUAAUAAAACACAUACCAAAAGUUUAUUUGAAUAAAUGAGAUACGUGUCAACCGCCAGUGAAAUGGUCACGUGGUAAAAAUGAACACAUCGUUCUGUUUACUUGAUAAAUUAUUUCCUAAGAUUUCA